AUGUUUAUAAAGGACACAUUCGAACUCGCACGUAUUCAAAGAAAUCGCGAUAUUAUCCUAGCAGAUGAUUCUCUUGCAAAACGUUUACAAGUCGUAACAAAACAAACAAGCACUGAAGGAAAAUUCAAAGUCAGAGGAAAUGCGAAUGGUCGACCGGCAUGGUACUACAUUCUAGUUCCGCACAACAAAAUUCCUACGUUAAAUCAAGGAAACCCAGAUGAAAAAAUUGACAUAAAGGAUUACGGACGGCAAAUUGAAUAUCGAGAUGAAAAUGGCACCAUUUGUACGUGCUCCGGUUGGGGUCUUGAUCCACCAAAACAUAUUGAACAAUUUCUGGAUGAAAACUACGGUAUGCAGUCAUAUACACUAAGCUCUAUAUCUUUACGUACUAUCACACUGAGACGGUUCUGUAUUGAAGUUUGA